AUGGGGAGUAAGCCUUGCUCCCUGAGCUCCGCAGCCUGGCCGACUCCAGCCGAGCUCCUCAGCAAGACCGCCUGCCUGCCACAGGAGGCCAGCAAUGCCUCCCAGGACCUCAGGGACAUGAGGGAGCCCACGUCGGCUCUGCGCUGGCUCUUGCUUCCCUCCAGCCUCAUGGCUGCAGCCACGCUGGCCCUGAGCCCCCUGCUGCUGGUGACCAUCCUGCGGAACCCGCGGCUGCGGCAGCAGCCACACUACCUGCUGCUGGCCAACAUCCUCCUCUCAGACCUUGCCUACAUUGUCUUCCGCACGUUCAUCUCCUCCAGCAACCUGGGGGGCUGGGAGCUGGGCCGCAUCGUCUGCGGCAUCCUCAGAGACGGCGUCUUCGUUGCCUACAUCAGCACCGUGCUGUCCUUCACGGCCACUGUGCUGCACGCCUACCUGGCGGUCUCGCACCCUCUGCACUACCUGUCCUUCUCAUCCGGCAGGGCUGCGCGGAAGACUGUGGCCCUUAUCUGGGUGAUAGCCUGUUUCUUCCCCACGUUCCUGCUGUGGUUUGCCAAGCAGCAGGACGCCAAGCUGGGCACGCGAGGGGCCUCCUGCACCCUGCCACUGAGCCUGGACACCAAGCAGAGUCACGGCUCCCUGGCCACCAUCACCCACACCUGCACCCUGUGCGUCCUCUUUCUCUGUGCAGCCGUCAUCACCUACUGCUUCUGGAGGAUUUACGUAGAGGCCAGGCCUUCAGGCGGCUGUGCGCAGGGCUACUCGCGAGCCAGGGGCACCCUGCUCAUCCACAUGGUGCUGAUCACGCUGUACGUGGGCGCGGGGGUGGUGUUCUCCCUGGACGUCAUGCUGGCCAAGUACCACCACAUCACUGACAGCGCUCACAGGUGGCUCCUGGCAACCAACAGCGAGGUGUUCAUGAUGCUUCCCCGCGCCCUGCUCCCGUACCUGUACAUGCUCCGCUACCGCCAGCUGCUGGGGGUAAUCCGGGGCCACUUCUCAUCCAGGAGGCAAGGGGACAUCUGUACCGUUUCCCAAAGCUACCAGGCCUACAAUCUGGCAGGCCGAGGUUAAGAACUACAUGCUGAAGGCAUCUUCAGCCCUUUAGGAGCAACUCGGAUGAUAAUUUUUAACAUUUUGUUAAUUGUGAAGUAGAAAAUGCGCUCUUCUAGUGAAAACAGGCCGUUAUCUGGGUGAUAGCCUGUUUCUUCCCCACGUUCCUGCUGUGGUUUGCCAAGCAGCAGGACACCAAGCUGGACGCACGAGGGGCCCCCUGCACCCUGCCACUGAGCCUGGACACCAAGCAGAGUCACGGCUUCAGAAUGAAAGUAAACAAAGCUCAUCCAAGCAGGCUAUGUUCUAAGAGGGGUGAGGCCUUGACCGGUUGCUGUCCAUGGUUAGCAGGAGUGUCACUGCUAACAGACACACAGGUCACAACACUCUGAGGGCUGCAAC